AUGGUGUCUACGCCGCCUGAGAAGAAGUAUUUGGUAGAUAUUCCCGUUGUGGAGGAAUUUCCGGAUGUGUUUAUGGAAGACUUGCCUGGGCUACCCCCUAUGCAUACAAGCAAUAGAGCAAUUAGAAUAUUAAUGGGAUCUGAUGUUGCUGAGACUAAGAUUGGGAGCAUGGUGAAUGCUGCCUUGGUAAGCACUUUAACUAGCCUUGCAGCAAGUAAUACCGGCAUUAUUCCUCAUGAAGCAUCGGCAUAGUCGAUUGUGUUGGAGUUUGUGCUUCCUAUAACCAUUCCAUUGCUGUUGUUUAGAGCAGACCUACGCCAAUUGCUACAGUCCACUGGGACAUUGCUUUUGGCUUUCUUGCUUGGAUCAUUUGCAACUGUAGUAGGCACCAUUGUGGCAUUUCUGGUGGUGCCUAUGCGAUCACUUGGACAAGAUAUUUGGAAGAUAGCUGCUGCUCUCUUGGGUAGUUAUAUUGGUGGAUCUGUUAAUUAUGUUGCAAUAUCAGAGGCUCUUGGCGUUUCCUUGUCAGUUUUGUCUGCGGGAGUAGCUCCUGACAAUGUUAUUUGUGCCUUCUUAGAGGCUCUUGGCGUUUCCUCGUCAGUGUUGUUUGCAUUGGCAUCUAAAAUUCCUCCCGAGGCUUUAACGUUAAUCAAUGAUGAUACUACGGAUAUGGUGUCGGAUUCUGAGGGUAAGUUCCCUGUGCUACAAGCUGCAAUAGCUGUUGCUAUAUCCUUUCUGAUAUGCAAGACUUCAUCUUAUCUCACAAAGGUAUGCGGCAUUGAAGGAGGCAACCUUUAGGUAAUAACUGAUGUCAUUGUCAUCUUAGCAACCACUUUCCCAUCACAGUUUGGGUACCUUGCACCUACUGGUGAUAUUAUUGCCCUGGUUUUGAUGCCGGUAUUCUUUGCUGUGGUGGGUGCUAGUGGGAGCAUAUGGAAUGUCAUCAUUACAGCACCUAGUAUUUUCAUGUUUGCUUUAGUUCAAGUCACCGUUCAUCUUGUUGUGAUCCUUGGACUUGGAAAACUGUUUCGCCUUGAUUUGAAGCUAUUACUUUUGGCAUCGAAUACCAAUAUUGGAGGCCCUACAACAGCAUGUGGGAUGGCAACUGCCAAAGGAUGGGGAUCAUUGGUCGUUCCUGGAAUUCUCGCAGGCAUUUUUGGAAUUACGAUUGCUACUUUUCUUAGCAUUGGUUUUGUAUUGACGGUGUUGAAACAUAUGUAGAACCUGCAACUAUAUCAGAACCUCAGAACUUGACGAAUUCGUAUUUGCAUGCACCUACUUGUAUCAUGUACAUAGUUGCCAAAUGUGGCAGUGCCUUCAUAUAUAGUUUUCAUUUUGUCUUGGUACUGAAGCAUGCAAAUGAAUCACCCAGUUACAAAAUAUAUGUAUAAUUUAUAUGAAGGGCCAAGAAAUUAGAGGAAAAUAAAUAAACAAACAAAUAAAAAGGGCUCCAUAUUUAUCGGAGCCCAAAAGCGAGCACGUCUCUCUGUUGAGAUAUGUACACAUGAGUUAGCAAGUUUUCAUUUAUUAUAUAACACGUGUUGUAAUUAGUUUUCUGUAUAAAUAGGAUAGAAGUCAGUUUUGUAAGUAGUCAAUUCAUUUUAAUCAAAGUAGAGGGAACUUUCUCCUUUUGUGAACUUUCCUUUUUGCUCUUUAGGUUUUCUGUAUGAUAGUUUGGAACUAUCAUCUUUCUACAUGUCAUCAGUGAAAAUUGCAAUCCUGCAUUAAUGACGUCUUCUUCCUUGAAUCUCCUAUCAAUCCUAUGGAUAAUUCAUCCAGUCCUUUUCAUCUCAAUAAUGCAGAUAAUCCUGGCAUUGUGCUGGUUACGCAGCCGUUAACUGGAGAUAAUUACCAUGCUUGGUCUCGCUCCCUGCGAAUUGCUUUACGAUCUAAGCACAAGCUUGGUUUAAUUGAUGGAAGUAUUACGUUGCCAUCUAAUGUUUCUGAUCUAGCACAUAAUGCUUGGUUACGUUGUAAUGACAUGGUUUUCUCGUGGUUACUCAAUUCUGUAUACAAAGAGAUCGUAGCCAGUCGCAUCUAUAUCAACACAGCACGAGAACUCUGGUGUGAUUUACAACAACGCUAUUUGCAAACUAAUGUGCCUAGAAUUUUUCAGCUCCAGAAGGAGGAGAUCUGAUGCAAGAUGAUCUAUCUGUGAGUGCAUAUUCCACUCGAUUGAAGACUCUUUAGACGAAUUGAUGAAUUAUAUGUCUUUACCUUCUUGUAUCUCUUCAAGAAAUUGUAAUUGUGCAGUUUUAAAAGUUGUUCUUGAACAUCGGUAACGUGAAUAUGCGAUGCAUUUUUUGA